AUGUGGUUCUUGAUGCGUCUCGUGUCCUCCUUCCUGCUGUUCAGGUCUGCCCUUGCCAUUGGCCAAAAUGCUACCAUUGCUUUCAACGUCUCUGCCGGCAGCUACCAGCUUGCCUCCAGGUCAUCAUCCGUAGGCUUGAUGCUCGAUGCUGCGGAUUGGCCCGGUGUCUUGAGAGUCGCGGAUGACCUUGCCCUUGAUUUUGGACGCAUCACUGGCCUCAAUGGCUCGUUGUCGCUUGCCAAUAGCGACGCCUCUACUGCGAACGCUUCGGUCAUUUUCAAUGUGACGGGGAGGUCGAGCUGGACUACCGCCACUUCCACAACCAACAACAGCUCUGGGGUCAUCAUUGCCGGAACACUUGGAAAUUCGACUCUCAUUCAAGACCUUGUGGAUUCUGGCAAGCUUGAUGUCUCUGGUAUUGAAGGUCGAUGGGAAUCCUUCACUUCGCAGCUUGUUGAAUCUCCUGUGAGUGGAGUGUCGAGGGCGCUCGUGAUUGCUGGCAGCGAUAAGCGCGGCACUAUAUAUGGCCUCUACGACAUUUCUGAGCAGAUCGGAGUGUCCCCAUGGUAUUUCAUGGCCGACUCAUCUCCCGCCAGCCACGACGCCAUCUAUGCCAUCGACACCAUCAAAAUCCAAGGCCCGCCCUCGGUGAAGUACCGCGGCUUCUUCAUCAACGACGAGGCCCCCGCCUUGACCGGAUGGAUGAACGAACGCUAUCCGAAGAGCGAAUACGGCUCCGCCUUCGGCGCUGAGUUUUACGCCAUGGUGUUCGAGUUGCUGCUUCGACUGCGCGCCAACUAUCUCUGGCCUGCCAUGUGGGCCUCCAUGUUCAACGUCGACGACCCACGCAACCAGCCGCUCGCCGACGAGUAUGGCAUUAUCAUGGGAACCUCCCACACCGAGCCUAUGAUGCGUGCGACGAACGAGUGGACUACCUUUGGCAAGGGCUCAUGGCAAUGGAACACCAACAACGAGUCCAUCUACCCCUUUUUCGUCGAAGGCGUCGAGCGCGCCAAGCCAUACGAGAGCGUGGUGACAAUCGGCAUGCGUGGCAGCGCCGACACUGCCAUGAGCGAUAAUGUCGAGACUGAAAUGCUUGAGGACAUUGUGGAUACUCAGCGGCAGAUCCUGACCGACGUCUAUGGCAGCGACAGCGCCGUUCCUCAAAUGUGGUGCUUGUACAAAGAAGUCCAGGGCUAUUACGAGGCAGGAAUGAGGGUUCCCGACGAUGUUAUACUAUUGUGGGCCGAUGACAACUGGGGGAACAACAGGAGGCUGCCUGCAGGUAAUGAGACCGACCGGCCCGGUGGUGCUGGUGUUUACUACCACUUCGACUAUGUUGGCGACCCGAGAAACCACAAGUGGAUCAACGCGGUACAACUCGAGCAUACGUGGGAGCAGAUGCACAUGGCUUACGAGAAGGGCGCGAGGGAGAUGUGGAUUGUGAAUGUGGGAGAUAUCAAACCUCUGGAAAUCCCAAUCAGCCAUCUGUUCGAUCUGGCUUACGACAUCAGCCUAUAUGAUGUCAAUAGCACCUCGAAAUGGACACAGCAAUUCGCUGCCCGCGAGUUUGGCGCCAGCGUUUCCCAACGAACCGCCGAUGUCCUCCAAAAGUAUGGCACGUUGGUCGCAAAGAGGAAGUAUGAGCUCAUGGAUCCGAGCACCUACAGCCUCAUCAACUACGAAGAGGCAGACAACAUGCUCGCUGAAUGGCAGUCUCUUGCCAGCAACGCUCAGAGCAUCUACGAUUCUUUGCCGGCUGCCGCACAGCCCUCUUUUUUUCAGAUGGUUUUGCACCCUGUCCUGGCUGGGGGUAAUGUAUACGACAUUCACAUCAGCGCUGCAAAGAACCGGCUGUAUGCGGCACAAGGCCGUACAAGCGCGAAUGCAUGGGCUCAGAGAGUUCUGGACAAGUUCAACUAUGAUCACGAGCUGACGCAGCGAUACAAUGGGCUUUUGGGAGGUAAAUGGGAUCACAUGAUGGAUCAAACCCAUCUGGGCUAUGUCUACUGGCAGCAACCAAUGCGCCAGGUCACCCCGCCACUCCAGUAUGUUCAAACGCUGGAGCGCUCUCUGCGGGGCGACAUGGGCGUAUCGGUAGAGGGGAGCAAUGCGUCAGUUCCUGGCGACGACCAGUACCACACCCUCUCAUCCAACAGCCUCACCCUUCCGCCAAUCGACCCUUACAGCCCCCAGCGCUGGAUCGACAUUUACGCUUCCGGAACAAACGAGUUCUCCUGGAACGUCUCCGCAGCGUCCUGGAUCGAGUUCUCCCAGACCUCGGGCACUCUUUCGCCCACCGGCAACAACACCGACGUGCGCAUCUACGUCUCGGUCGACUGGGCCAACGCCCCGGCCGGCUCCAACACGACCACCAUCAACAUCACCUCGAGCACCGACUACGGCACGCAAUUCAGCAUGCCAUCCAUCCUCCUCCCCUACAACCACACCGCCGUCCCCCCAUCCUUCACCGCCGGCUUCGUCGAAUCCGACGGCCACAUCUCCAUCGAAGCCGCGCACUACACCCGCAUCGGCAGCUCCGCCAACAGCUCCUCCUCCUCCUCCUCCACCGACCCCUACCAAGUCAUCCCCUCCUACGGCCGCACCCUCUCCGGCGUCCACCUCCGCGACGCGCUCUCCCCCCCUCUCUCCCCCUCCCUCGCCCCACCCCUCGAAUACGACAUCUACACCUUCACCACCCUACCUCCCUCCUCCAACAACACCACCACGGGCGCCAACCUAACCCUCUACCUCUCCCCCUCGCUCAACACCGACCCCUCGCGACCGCUUCGCUACGCCGUCGCCAUCGACGACGACUCGUCUUCGCUGCAAGAAGUCGCGUACGUGACGGACCAGCCCGAGGGCCAGCUGCCGGUGGGGUGGGAGGCGGCGGUCGCGGACGCGGCGUGGGUGAGCACGACGGGCGGGUGGGCGGCGCCGCUGAGGGAGGCGGGGAGGCAUACGGUCAAGGUGUGGGCGCUGGAGCCGGGGGUGGUGGUGCAGAAGGUGGUGCUGGAUUUGGGGGGCGUGAGGGAGAGUUAUUUGGGGCCGCCGGAGAGUUAUCGGGUUGGGUGA